AUGAAACUUUACCAAGCAAGAGAUAAGGCUAAAAGAGAUAUCUUUAUUAACCUUAUCAAAUUAAACUCUGAAGCAAAGAAUUAUUUAGAAAAUGAUUUAAUUGGUGUCUCAAAUGAGUUAGUUAUUAAUGCUGAUAAAAAAUUUGCUAAAAUAAAUGAAUUGGAAAGGGAGGUUGAAGAAUUAAAAGCAAAGUUAGAAGAAAAAGAUAACUGA